AUUUUACUCUUCCCCUGCUGCGUUCCGGAAGAAAGAAAAAGAAAAGAAAGGAAGCGUCCCCCAAAUCGCGGAACCAAAAAUUCCCAGACCGGCCAGUCAGCGCGCUCGAUUUGCUUCGAUCCGCCAAUUCGAUUGAUCUGCUCCGACGCCGGAGAACGGGAAGGAUCUUCUGUUUUCGAGCUCUGAACGCCAAGAGAGCGGAGGCCGGAGAGUUCGCCGGCGGAGGGGAGUGGAUAAUGAUGGUGGUGGGAUGAGGUGGCGGAGACGGAGAGCUAGGAGCUGGAGAUGGCGAGAGGAGUGAAAUGGGGAUGCUCGUACAAGAAGACGACUCUCAUCGUUUGCUCCGUUAACAUUGUCAUCGCUCUCUACGUUCUUCGCUCUAUCUACGGCUCACUUUACCUUUACUCCAACGAUGAUUUAGUUAACGCUGUGAAGUACACGCCAGAUGAGAUUAGUAAGAUGGAGGAGGCAAUUCGGAUUCGGAGAACCAGUGAGCCGACUAAGCUUAAGAAGUUGGUGAAACAACUGAAAGUUGAGUUUGGAGAACGAGAUGCAGUAGUGGAAUUGCCGGCGGGUGUCAAACACAAUCUAACUAAUGAGAUUAUCCAGAGAUUGAGAAGUUUGUCCGGUAAUGCCAGUACCAGCGAGCAGCGAGAAGCAGUUGAAAAAUGGCGCAAUGAGAAGCUACAGGAAGUCAAGCAGUCAACUAAUCUAAAGAAAGGAGGGAAUUCUACUUUUCUUCAGGAACAAGCUGGAACGCUAUUAAGAGCCCUGGAAUCUGAUUGGGCAGUGCUCUCAGAGAACAUAGGCCUUUGGAUUCCUGCUGAAGUCACUAACUCGGAGCAUGAUGAUAGACCAGAGGGUCAAGAGGAGCAAGAAGAAGAAAAUUUGCCUGGGCCACCUGUUCCACAAGAAUGCCACGCCGAGCUCCAUACAGAUUAUGACGGAGUGGCUGUCAGAUGGGGGCUUACCCAUCAUAAAGAAAGUGCUGCUGAAUGCUGUCAAGCAUGCUUGGACCACGCAAAACGUGCAAAACCGGGCGAAGUGCAGUGCAACAUAUGGGUCUACUGCCCAGCUGAGAAUGGUUGCUACUCACCUGAUAUUUACGAACACAAGAAUAUGGAGUGCUGGCUCAAAUACGCAGAGAAACCCAAACUGAACUUCAAGGACAGGUACUCCGAAGCUUACAGAAAUUCCCACCCCAAUGCUCCAGUGGUCGUCCCCUGGGCUGCAGGGGUCGUCAGAUAGCAGAUCUUUAUUCCGAACCCGAUCGGGCGUGUCGCUUACCAUACACAGAAGGCUUUGACAAAGGUGUGAAGCUGGGCACUAAAUGGUGACUUCAUAGGACUUUUUUUUACGAUUUUUUGUUCUUUUCUCAGUCUUCCCUUUUCCUUUGAAAUCAUUUUUAAGCCCUUUCUAGUUUUGCAUGGGGUAAAGAAAAGAGAAGGGUGUUUUCCAGGUGGAUUAUCAGAAUCAAUUUUUAGAGUGGAGAACGCAGGGCUGUAUCUAUUAGCACAGAGAAUCUGAAAACUUGGAAAACUAUCUCUGCACCAGUCCGGAACAUAACACGGGUUUAGACACGAAUAGAGUUAGAUUGGAGUUGUAAGUUGGGGGGAUGGGAUGAAAAUGACGAUUGAUUUGAAAUAUGGUGAAUUCGUCAGCACUGUAAAAUAGCUUUCGUCCUCUAUUUUCUUCAGCCUCUGGUAAGUAUAAAAGUAGCCCGAGAAUUGAAUUCCAGGUGCAUCUGUUUUCCCAUUAGAAAGGAAUGAACAAAUAGUCGUUUU